GCAAUAUGGUAAAGCCAUGCGUAGUAAACUCUAUGUUUUGAUGUUUUUACUUUGCUAGUGUGUUACUGAAGACAGUAUGUCCGUCCAGUACAUGAGAGAGGCUCUCCUGACUAGAGACAAACAUGCUGCACUGGUCAAACAAGCGCUCCGUUGUCUACCACCAGCUCAAGCACUCACCAUCACACGCCCACGCCCCUCCACCCCUGGCCCUGCUCUCACAGCCAUGAGCAGGAGGCCACCAUCAUCAGACACACACCUUCCACUAUUACUGGACAGCUAUCAGACAUGGUGGUACCUGGAUGAGAGCUUGGAGGCUCCUCCUGCCAGAGAGACUCCACCAUCUCCUCAGGAUGGACCCAGUCCAGCCCAACUAGCCUAUGUACUGCUUAAGCUCAGAGAAGAGAUACCAGCAUUCUUUGCUGGUCACCAUAGUUACGACCUGUACGACCCCCACAUGAGAUACGAGAACCAGUUAUGGCGAUACCCCUGGAAGGGGUGUGGUCUCCUCAGCUACCGACUCUUCCUACAAGGAUUUCGGCUAGCGCUAGGGGGUGUGGCCUCGGGACUGUGUACUGAUCUAUUGCGCAUUACCAAAGACGCAGAGGAGGGGAAGAUCGAGGCACGUUGGAGGGUCAAAGGUCAAUAUCACUGCUCAAGAAGGCAAAGGGUGUUGCUGGAUGGGAUGUCUACCUUCUGUAUCAACUCUGAUGGCCUCAUCUAUCUGCAUAGAUUGAGCAGAUUGGAACCACCACGCAAAUACCCUCUCACACACACACUGAUGACUUGGUUAGCUCUACGCAGGAAAUUGCCACAACCAGCAGAACUUUGAUCAAAAUAACAACGUUAAUUAUUUAUGUUAUGUUCAAAUAUUAUUGUCAGUAUAAGCGAAGUUUUGUGUAUCUUGCACUCUUCCAUAACUUGUGUUUGACUGGG